AUGCCGCACGUCGAUGCCCUCGCUGCCGUCGGCGGCGCCGGGCCUGCGCCUGCGCCUGCCGGUGCUCCCCAGCAGCCUCCACAACAGGGCGGCUUCACCAUGAGCACCACCCAGAAGCUCCUCUUCGGCUUCGCCACCUGGUCCGCCAUGAACUUUGGCGCCAACUAUUUCCUCAAGAAGCCCGUCGGCGGAGCCACCGAGGUCACCGAUUUCCACGGCAAGGUCUACACCGUCCCCGCCAACCUCGGCGGCAUCCCGCCCUACGUCCUCCGUCCCAAGACGCUCGCCGACGGCGCCACCUUUGAUCCCAACCCGGCCCGCAUCGCCCCCAUGUGGCCGCUCGACAGCCACAUCGACAUCAUCGUCACCCUGUCCGACUCGCCCCGCCCCGAGCCCCUCGCCAAGACGCCUGCCGACAAGAUCGUCCUGCGCGAGACCAACUUCCACCUCGGCAACUACAGCGACAAGCGCUCCGCCGACGCCACCUUCACCGUGCCCGCCUCCGUCCAGCACAACGUCACCCUCUGGGGCCACUUCUACCUCGCCCUGACCGGCGAGCAGCCCGACCCCUACGUCGCCGGCUUCGACGUCGCCUCGGCCUACCACUUCGCCUACCCUCUGACCCAGUACCUCCCCAAGAAGAAGGUCUCCAAGACGCGCUCCCUCCUGGACAGCGGCGACGCCCAUGCCGACGCCGCCCAGGACGAGGAGCCCAGCGGCCCCGUCAUCGCCAGCUACUACCACCCCAACAUCACCCUGUCCACGAUCCCCGACUCGGGCGUCCUCGACCACCGCAGCCUGCACCCGGCGACCCGCCACUUCCUGCACCUCGAACCCACCGACGCCCGCGACGGCACCGGCCAGAACUCGUGGUACUACCCCAUGCUCUUCGUCAACAAGUUCUGGCAGCUGCGCACGCACAUGACCCUGCUCAACGACACGGUCACCGAGCUGCCCAUCCACAUUGACCUCGGCAACCUGCGCUACUGGCAGAUGGGCCUCAUGUCGUCCAUCGAGCUGAACAGCAAGGAAACGGCCCGCCAGGCCGCCUUUGGCAACGCCGCCCCCGGCGGCGGCGACGGCACCGAGGUCGAGAUGGUCAAGGAGAUCCUCCUCGACUCCAACCCCUACCUGCUCGCCAUCACGGCCGUCGUCACCGUCGCCCACAUCAUCCUCGAGAUGCUCGCCUUUGGCUCCGACAUUGCCCACUACCGCAAGAAGAAGGACAAUGUCGGCAUCUCGGUCCGCUCCAUCCUCGCCAACGCCUUCAUGCAGGCCGUCAUCCUGCUCUACCUCAUCGACAACUCGGAGAACACGAGCUGGGUCAUCCUCGGCUCCCAGGCCAUGGGCAUCCUCAUCGAGCUCUGGAAGAUCACCACCGUCGUCAACGUCCGCGUCACGACGGCCGACGCCGGCGCCCUCUUGCCCUAUCGCGUCGCCUUUGAGGACAAGCACAAGCUCAGCGACACGGAGGAGAAGACCAAGGAGUACGACGAGAUUGCCUUCAAGUACAUGUACAUGGCCGGCGUGCCCCUGCUCAUCGCCUACGCCGUCUACUCGCUCGUCUACGACGAGCACAAGUCGUGGUACUCGUACAUGAUCGCCACCCUCGUCGGCUCCGUCUACGCCUACGGCUUCCUCAUGAUGGUGCCCUCGCUCUACAUCAACUACCGCCUCAAGAGCGUUGCCCACAUGCCCGCCAAGGCCAUGAUGUACAAGUUCCUCAACACCUUCAUCGACGACCUCUUUGCCUUUACCAUCAAGAUGCCCAUCCUGCACCGCCUCGCCACCUUUCGCGACGACGUCAUCUUCUUCGUCUACAUCUACCAGCGCUGGGCCUACACGACCGACUACUCGCGCGUCAACGAGUUUGGCCAGGGCGGCGGCGAGGACGACGACGAGGCCGACCGCGCCAAGGCCAAGGCCCUGCUCGACGGGGAGGCCCUGCUCGACAAGCAGGCCGAGCCCAUCGACGGCGCUGCGACGCACACGGUGGAGGCCGCCGCCGAGAAGGCCUCGGGGGCCGACAAGGGCAAGGCCAAGAGGAGAAGGUGA